AACAAAGGACAAGCUCCUCGCAACAUAAGUCUACGGAUUUGGAAACCAGUUUGGAACCAUCUGUCUACUGCUUUCUAGAAAAAGAGGCAGGCAGGACCAGCAAUAACACCAGAACCGCACUUCACCGCAGUCGGUCCGAACUUUACCGGUACGACUGAGAUUCCCGCUAGCACCGGGUCAUCGAUCUCGCGAGAUGAUGGGUCCUCGAAAGGCACAAACUUCCCCCUUUGCGAGCGCCGAGGUUUUGCUGUCAAAUUCCGGGAGUGCGGAAGUGGCCCCGUGGUGCUGCCUCUAACCGUUCGGAAGUCAACUCCUUUUCUACACGAAAAGCUAGGCCUCAGACCGCUAUGGAUGGACAGCAAGGGCAACCAAGCCAAGCAUCGCUGGCACUCGCCCAAGCUCACUUCAACAAGGGCGAAUACGCGGAAGCCGAGACGCUGUACUCCGCUUACAUUCGCCAGUGCGCCUGUGCAGGCUCCGAGGGAGCUGCGCCCGGGAGCAAAUGCAGCCCCGAGGAUUUGGCUACUGCGUAUAACAACAGGGGGCAAAUCAAGUACUUGAGGGUUGAUUUUUAUGAAGCCAUGGAUGACUACACAUCUGCCAUACGAGUCCAGCCCACGUUCGAAGUUCCGUAUUACAACAGAGGGUUGAUAUUGUAUAGGCUGGGAUACUUUGAUGAUGCUUUGGAAGAUUUCAAGAAGGUAUUAGACUUAAAUCCUGGAUUCCAAGAUGCUACCUUGAGCUUAAAACAGACUAUUCUAGACAAAGAAGAAAAACAAAGAAGAAUUAAUGAAAAAAAUUAUUGAAAGUUUUAGCAUAAUUGAAAUAUUAACUCAUGAUCCUUAUACCUGGCAUCUCGUUGCUUGUAAUGUCAAGUUAGGUGUUGAGCUAUUUCGAUUUAUAUUUAAGGUAGAGAUUCAUUAUUAGCACCGAAAGUUAAGUGAUGUAUUUAAAGUAGUUAAUUUCAGAUUGAGUAACUAUGUUGAAUAAGUUGCUUUUUAUAAAGUGUAAAUAAAUAAUACCAAGG